UUCCGGUUUGCCCUCAGAAGGUUUGCCCUCGUGACGCUUCUAGGAAAUCCCCUCCGAUCCCCUUCUCGGAAAUCCCCUUCUCGGAAAUCCCCUUCUCGGAAGUCCCCUUCUCGGAAAUUCAUUUUCUUCCUCCCGCCAUCUCUUCGCCGCGAGACCCUGUCGAAGCGACGAAGUUUCCUCCGACUGCGGAAAGUCGCGAGGCAGUCGUGGCAGUUCGUCCAGCAUCAGAGUCCCGAGAAGAUGAAGCCAAUGGGAAAUCAGCCUAUUAGAAAGGCACCGAUGCUGGUGAAGUCCAUGGGGGAAAGGAGUCACAGGACCGGAAACCGCUCAGUCUCAGGUCACCGCUCGCAGCGAUACCACUCUCGGCACGCCAACAGGAGCCCGGCGAAUGGCGACAUCCACGAGGCGGAGCGGCUUGGAGGAUUCUUCCUCCUUCCCUUCUCAAGACUCGCCGUCCUGACCCGCUUCUUAGACGUCCUCCAGCAGCCUCGCCGUCAGUACAGCGAAAUGUUUGCUCUCGGGCGCCUCGGUUACACGCUGGGGCGAUUCCUGGGAGCCGGUUCGUACGGGCUGGACCGAGAGGCCACCUACACGGACCAAGACGGAAUGGAAACCCCUCUCGCAUGCAAGAUCAUGGACAAGCGCACGGUGUCGGCAAGUUUCGCCGAAACGUACAUUCCGCGGGAGUUGUCCGUCUUGCGACGGAUGUCGCAUCCGAAAGUCGUCAGAAUUCACAGCAUCGGCGUCCGUCCACAGUCUACGUCUUGGGUCUUGAGCGCCGAAAGGAGAUCUGCUGGAGACGCUGAACCGCGACGGCCGCAGGGACAGCAGGAGCGGUCCGGAUCUCACCUGGUGCUGGCGGGAGUGUACCGGGAUCUCCGGACCUGUCACCGGGACCUCAAGUGCGAGAACCUGCUCGUCCUCGCCGCCGACAGCCUCAAGAUCAUCGACUUCAACUUCACCAAGAACAGCAGCGAAGACCUGAGCGAGACCUACUGCGGAACCCCCGUCUACAGCGCCCCGGAGAUUCUCGCGGGGGUGCCCUACGAGACCCCUAAGGUAGACCUGUGGUCUAUGCGUCCUCUUCAUGAUCGUCCAAAGGCA